UAAACCCUUCUCACCAUUAAGUGGCAUACAUUAUCUCUUACUGUUCUUAAUGGCUAUUAACUAGCUCAAGUUUUCAAUCAAGUUUAAGAAUUCCAAUACACUAAAUUAUUCCCCACCUCUCCUGAGAAAGUUGUGGAUCAGGGUACCCAUAGCUAUGUUACAAUUACAAUACUAUUUUCAGAAAUCUACAAAUACAGGUAAGCAAUUUCCUGUUUAGGACAGUGCAUUAUAAGAUUUUUCCAUUCCUGUUUUCUAAAGUAUUGCAGAGAUGUCCUGUAAGAUAAAGAAUAGAAUCAAACAAGAUUAAGAGGCUUGCUAUGCUUAAUGAAUACCAGAGUUUCAACAUGUUUUGUAAUUGCUGGAUUUCACCAAAAUCACAAGAAGAUUUUAAGGAUGACAUGGAGCAGAGAUUUUUGGACAGCAGACUCAUGCCAAAAGUAGAAAACAAAUAUGUAGAAACAGCAUAAUAGGUAGCUGUUAUAUUUGCCUCCCCAAAACUUAAGCCUUUAGAUGCACGCUAAUGUGUGCUAAUAAUGUGCUAAUAUGGAUAACAUCUGUACCACUGCAGCUUUUAAAUCUUAUGCUGCAAUUUCUAGUAAGUAUUCAUUGGGGGAAAAUUUGGAAUAUCAUUAUUACAUUUUUCUCCAGGUGCUGAAAAAGGUCUAGACUGAAUGCUAGAUUUAGAACAUACAUUGCACUUUGUCCACCACAGUCAUGAAAUAGGCACCUUCUGUAUUUUGUAUGCAGUUGUUCCUUAUUUACACGUCUACAAUACAAAACACGACACACAAUCCAUAAUAGACACCAUGCCUCCCACUUUCACUAAAUAAUGCAUCCAAGUAUUUCAGAUAUCUAAAGGGAAAGUCUGUAAGAAAAGUAUGUAGCCAUUAAUCUGUAUAAACGAUUUGGAGGAGAAAUGCAUGUGUGCAUUUAAGGGAAUACUGAACUAAAUCAAAGAAAAGAAACAUUUUAACUGACAUGAAAAUAAAUGUUACCCAGUGAUCACAGAAAUCUGUUUCUGGAAAGUAGGUACAUACUUGGAGAUUUAAAGCAUAAAGUAUGUUUAUAGCUCCCUCUGAUGACCAUUGGACACUACACAACAUAAGUCUUCUUUUAUUUUUGUUCAUGCAUUCAACUGACAGCUGACUGGUUAAAUUCUAAUUGCUUCCAAGUGAGGUCAGCAAAGGUAUUUAUCGAAAAGAACUGAACAACAGGCUCAACACAUACACGCGCAUGCACAAGCACAUACACACACCACAACUCUUGCGUGUUGAUUUAUGGAAACAAUUAUAAUUCUGCUGAAGACUUUCUGAGCUAAGAAAGUUUGUAGCUACGGCAGAGAGUCUCAUGUUGCAAAAGGCAGACAACAGAAAUGGAAUACUUGUAUACCCAGCUGUUAUCAGGAACAAAUCUUUUACUUUCAGUGCAAGCAGCAAAAUCAAGUAGUACAGAAGGUCAUGACAGCCAAGGUUAUUAUAACCUGUUUCUUUAAAGGAUAUCCUGACUGAAAAGAUAUUUAAGGAGCUAUCCUGUUUCAACAUCAGUAACUAUUAAGGAAUAAGGAUCAGAAUUCUGGAAGAGGAAGCAAUCUCAAUUAAAUCAAUCUACAACUCGUUGUAAAGACAGAAGGCAGGUCAAUGACCUAGAAGCAACGAUCUACUUGAGAUUUAAUUUUCAUUAUGUUGUUCAUGAACACCCAGAACACUGCACUAUAAUGCACAAAUGGAUACUGACAUGGAUCCUGCCAACUUUGCUCUACAGAUCAUAUUUUUACAUUAUCUUUCUAGUGGGCACUAUAUCUUUAGCUUGCAAUGACAUGACUCCAGAGCAAAUGGCUACAAAUGUGAACUGUUCCAGCCCGGAACGACAUACCAGAAGCUAUGAUUAUAUGGAAGGAGGGGAUGUAAGAGUAAGAAGACUUUUCUGUCGAACACAGUGGUACAUGAGGAUUGAUAAACAAGGCAAAAUAAAAGGGACACGAGAAGCAAACAACAACUACAGUAUUCUGGAAAUAAGAACAGUGGCAGUUGGAGUAGUGGCAAUCAAAGGGGUGGAAAGUGAAUACUUUCUAGCAAUGAACAAGUCUGGAAAGCUCUAUGGAAAGAAAGUAUGCAAUGAAGACUGUAACUUCAUAGAACUGAUUGAAGAAAACCAUUAUAAUACUUAUGCUUCAGCAAAAUGGACAAACAAAGGAAAAGAGAUGUUUGUGACAUUAAAUCGCAAAGGUGUCCCCAUGAAAGGUAAAAAAACAAAGAAAGAACACAAAGCAUCCCACUUUCUUCCUUUUGCAAUAUCCUAAUCAUAUAUGAUCUAUAGAGAACUAGUUCCAGCAGGAAGAUUAUUUUUAAGGAGACUGAACAAGUAAUCAAGAGAGGCUGGAAUACUACUGAAAAACUGAACAAGCUGGACUUGCGCAUUUAUGUUUAUUUUAAAGAGACUUCAUUAAAAAGAUUUGAAAAUAUACACAAUCAAAUUUAGUAACUAAAAGUUGUAAAAAGUUGUAAAGAGUUGUUCAAUCAUUAUGUUAGUAAUAGUAACUGGGUAGUUUCUUAAAUUAAUUUACCCUUAAAAGUCAUGACUUGAUUAUCUGACAAUAUUUUAUUUAAAAAAACCUAUCUGCUUAUUAAACAUGGCUGCUAUAAAAAUAAUAAAGCAGAUGAUAAUGUUAUGUAAAAUAUGUCGGACUUUAAGGCUGCUGGAAUGAUUUGUCAGAUUAUCAAGUCAAUAUUAAAUGUGGAGAUUGAGCAGUAUUUUAAAUACUUCCCAGAGAAACUGAUAAACUAUACAUAAAAUAGGA